CAGCAACGUUAUCGUUGUUUGUGGAGUUUACCAACAACAACUCGGUAAAUUGAGGCUGUUAUAUCUGUCUUCCAGAAAUGAGUAACAGACAAGAACAAGAAGAACAAGAACAACAACAGAAAUAACCGCAACAACAAGAGCAGUAUUAUAUGCACAGGAAGAGUAAAAACAACUGCCUGAACAGUAAUAUCAACGUCAUUGGAAGUAUGUAAGCCAUCAUCAACACCUUCAAAAUCACCACCACAACAGUAACAAUGACAAUAUCACCACCAACCACUAACAACUGCAGCAGCAACAAUACAAAGACGAUAAAUGCUACUACAAGAUGGAAAGGAAAAUAAAUAUUCUGUGACAAACUAUACGGGUUAAAGCAAAGCCUAUUCAGCGUCAAAAGAACUACAGUGACACAGAAUACAUAAGACACACAAAAUACAGUCGCAAGAUAUAUUUACAGAAUAUACGGCAGCUGCACUUAAUAUUUACUCGGAGAAUUCAGUGUAACACACACACACAUACACACACACAAAGUAUACAGAACCACACAUACACACACAUACACACUCAGACACACAUAUCCACAGAAAUAAACAUAUUCUCACACAUACACACACAAACAUAGAUACAAUAUCACGGGAUAUGUCCCAACUGUACGAAUUAACACAGAAUAAACCUCAUCAGUAAACUAGUAUUGGCGCACUGUCGUCUGACAUCGAUGUAAGGUUGGAAAACAUAUAGUGUCACACACACACACACACACGCACACACAUGUAUACAUCAUUACACGACAUGACACAGGAUGUAUAGCAUCAUACUCGAGUGUUACUGCAAGAGAUCGAACAAUCUAGAACAAUGGAAAUGUUUGAUUAUCGAUUGAAGAACAGUUUUGUCAAGACGAAAUAGAAGGCAGAAUCCAACCCCUCAAAAUGGACGACAAACCAAAAGAAGGGUCAAAUGCGGGACCCUUCACAGACAGAUCUGCAGGGAAACCAGGUGAGGAAUCUUCUGAGAAAGAACCCGAUAUCGAUGCCGCGAAGCUUGAGAAAAUCUCUCGUCUUUUGGCCAGAAAACGCGCCAAUGCCGUGGCGGCUGCAGCGGCGGCAACUGCAGCAGCACAGGGUACAACAUCCGGUGAUAACGAGGCCUCUUCGAAUGCAGCGGAACCCGCAGGUGGAACUCUAUCACAUUGGUCGAAACUACGGACCACAGUUCAAAUUGCAAGCGCCGUGAAACAACGAUCGAAACGUCGCUAUAAUCACCACCGCCAGGAUUCCUUCUUACGCAAAUUCUCAACUCGUAACAACAGCAACAUCGAUAUGGAAAGUGAUUCAGAAGACGAAGGUUUGGCUUUACAAGUGGAACGCAAGGAAGAAGAAAAACGUAACCAUCACUACGUGCUUAGUCCCGAGGGUACUUUUAUGAUGUAUUGGCUCUUCAUGUUGACACUGGCUGUUCUUUAUAACCUUUGGACGUGUAUAGCGCGAGAGGCGUUUCAAGAAAUACAACUUCAACAUAUAGCUCUUUGGACCAGCUUUGAUGUAAUUUGUGAUGUCAUCUACUUAAUAGACAUCGUUGUACAGUUCCGUACCGGAUAUUUAGAGCAAGGUUUGCUCGUGUACGACUCGAAGAAACUCAGCAAAAACUAUUACUCUUCAUCAGACUUCCGUAUGGACGUUGCAUGUUUAGCCCCAUUAGACUUCUUACAGUUCGCCAUUGGUUGGCAUCCAAUACUUCGUUUUCCACGUUUUCUCAAGGUAUACAGGUCAUUAAGAUGCAGUCACAUGUUAGAAUCCCGGACGCCUUAUCCUAACCUAUUUCGGGUGGCAAAUCUCACCCACAUACUCUUCUUGGGUGCUCAUUGGUUUGCAGCAUUUUUUUACCUCAUUUCGGAAGCGGAAAAUUUCGUCGGAGACUGGACCUACCCUCAACCUGUUGGGGAGUACUCCUCGGUAACUCGGAAGUACCUAUAUUCACUGUUCUGGUCAACCCUGACGUUGACCACCAUAGGAGAUCUUCCUCCACCAACCACAAACUGGGAAUAUGUGUUCGUUAUUGUCAGCUACCUGAUAGGUGUUUUUAUAUUUGCCACUAUCGAUGGUGCCAAAUUUUACAUGCAAAGCCACAACGUGCCCAAAGAACUGCAGAAGCGUGUCCAGAGAUGGUACGACUAUGUCUGGUCUAGAGGAAGAAUGAAUGGUAGUCUUGACAUCAGUUCUUUGGGCAUGUUGCCGGAUAAAUUAAAGACGGAAUUGGCACUAAAUGUUAAUCUGGACACUUUGAAGAAGGUAACUAUAUUCCAAGAAUGCCAACCUGAAUUCUUGCAUGAUUUAGUCCUCAAAAUGAAAGCUCAUAUAUUCACGCCGGGUGACCUCAUUUGUCGAAGAGGUGAGGUUGCUCGUGAAAUGUUCAUUAUUGCCGAUGGUGUGGUCGAAAUUAUCAGUGACAGAGGAACUGUACUUACCAGUAUGAGUUCUGGUGACUUCUUCGGUGAAAUUGGAAUUCUAAAUCUCCACGGAGGAAUCAACAGACGCACUGCAGAUGUAAGGUCUUUAGGAUAUUCCGAACUGUUCGUCUUGUCACGUGAGGAUGUUCUGGCAGCACUAAAGGACCAACCCGAUGCCGAGUUGAUUAUCAGGGAAUAUGGAGAAAAAAGACUGAAAGAGAUCGAAGCUCAUAACAAAAAAAUGUCUGAUCCGGAAUCGAUGCCCGGAACAAAAGCUAAAAGCCCUUCACCAAAUAAUCUGCAGGUGGAACCGGCUAAAACAGGUCGGAGUUUUAAAAUGUCGAAUUCGGAACGUAGCAUUUUGAAAAACCGUACCAAUUCAAAGUCUAAAAGGGGAUCUUUAUCGAGAAAGAUGAGAAACUUCCAGUUCGGAAGAAGAAAAGCGACAUGUUCUUCACCGGAAACUGCCACUUCCGCUGCUGAAAAUAGUGGAAAUGGUGAUGAUGAUGAUGAUGUGGGUGGCAGUGGGGUAGAUAGAAAUAAGAGGAGCGGUGGAGGCGGAGAAAUCAGAGGACAUUCAUCUGCAACAGGAGCGCCCUCUGUAGAUGCUCGGUUGCAGAAAAUGCUUCACGGAACAUGGUCGAAAAUUUUCUCGCAUAAGGUGAGCCGCAGCGGAUCUUGUAAUGUUACACUGAGGCCAGUGGAAAGGACGAAAACGUCUGAUUUGUCGUCAAGUUGUUCAUCGUCUCCGGAAACGAGCAAAAGAAAACAAGCUGUGAGGCAUUUACAGUCGGCCAAAGAUGAAGGCCGAAGCGGAGAGAAAUACAAUAGUGGCCCCUCCCUUAACAAAAAACAACCGAGCGGUUCAGGUUUUAAAACUGGUCCCUGUAGUGUGGCGUCGGAGGGAGACAACCGCAAGAUUUCGCUGAGCACGCGUUUAUCCAGCAUUAUACAUCCACGGAAAUUUUCGCAGGCCACUAAAUAUUCCGCAGUGAAACCGGACACAAGUGAUUCGGAUUCACCGUUUUUAGAAACGACGAGGCAACCGUCACAGGGUGAACGAAACGACGGCCAACAGAGUCACAGCACCACAAUGGAACGCAACCGUCUGGUCUCGAGUUCCAGCACCAGUUCAACUCCAUCUACUGCUAAAACUGCUACUAGUACAACAACAACUACUACUGCUACUACUACUGUUCAAAAGAUUAGUAGUAGAAGUAGUAGUAGUAGCAGUGAUAGUGGUAUUGCCGAUCACUGCAGUGGACGGUCGACUGGGGGUGGCGGUGGUGGCGGUGGGUUUAGUCGCCUUCUCAGCGUGGCUGGCUUUGGCAGAUCAGCCACGACACCGAAGUUGUCUUCGAAAACAUUGCCCCAGAUAUCUUUAACCUCACCGCCGACAACUCCACCGUCGCCCUCCGCUGAAUUAUUUCAACAACAACAACAGCAGCAACAGCAACAGCAACAACAACACCAAUCAAGUACAGCAAUUCUUAUUGAAGAAUCCGACCAUCUGAUCGAUAUCGAUGAAUCUCGAAACCUUCCCCUUGAAUUGGCUCAACAACAGCAACAGCAACAUCAUUACCAAUCUCACAGAAGUUUAUACAAUACCCCGACAAACAUUUCUGAUUAUGUACAAAAUCCGAGUGCUGGGUUUGAACCGUCUUCGCCUUGUUUUGUUUCCGGGACGUCCUUUUCUGAAAGUGAACAUUCUGGAAUAUUGCAACCCUACACAGAAUUAAAUGAUCCCUCGACCCUGGUGAUGAGAUCGUCUCCCUACACUGGGUCUUUCCUAUCAUCCAACAAUGCCUCUUCUGCCUUCUCUCCGAUCUCAACGUCUUCGUCGUUCUCUGGAAAGAAAUUUAGUUCGCUAAUCGGCCGCAACAGGGCAGCACCGGAGACCCUCCGAUCGAGUUCCUUAGAAGAGUAUCGGACCUCCUCUUACGAUGACUUUAUAACUCCGACGAUAACCACUGGCAACAGAGUAGGAUUCGGAGUUGGCGGAGGUGGGACAGGGCGGGGUGGCCUGGGAAUGUCGUUAACGUCGUCAUCAUCAUUAUCAUCAUCACCAUCGUCUGCAACAAUAACAGGAACGGCAACAUUAUCAUCAUCAGCAGCAACCACAACAGCCAUAACAACACCGACUGCCGUCAUUUCAGCUACCACAAGUGCAAAAUCACCACAACCUCAAUCACAACCAACACAAACAGCAACAACAACCACAACAACAAAAACCAUUCUAAGCCCGUUGACAUUUUCAUCGACAUCGACACCGAUAUUAUCAUCGCCGCCAUUAUCAACGACAUCCCUUCCGAAACCGCCAUCUUACUAUUCAGCAAUCACACCUCCAUUGAACGCCGUCUCUGCCACCUCCAGUCCAGACUCACCCUUUCCAUCUCCUUCAAGAGCCAACCCAGCCAAUAGAAAUGUUCCGUUCACACCGACAGGCUCCAACCGAUACUAUACAACCGCUGGCGCCGCCUAUCUCAACUCCAGCGACAGACCUUCUUUAAAGAAGUGGCUUUCCUGUACCUCGGCACCGACCACCUCACCCCUUGCCUUGCCGCCACUCAGUGCUAGUAUGUCGUUCGGAUCUCGUAUGAGCAGCAGUGGCGAGGGUGGUGGCACAGGAAGGCCUGCCGGAGAAAAUGGUCUAGCCUUGAAGAACAUCUCUCAAUAUACAGCAGAUGGUAAAGUUUCAUCGACCAAAGGCAAUAUUGAAUUCGAGAAGGAAAAGUUUACAGAAUGCAAGAAGUUGACUGGUCAAGUGUUAUUAGAAGUCCAGAAAAUACUCGAAGAUAAGUUGUCCGAAUUACAACAUGUCUACCAAGAAAAUGUUGACUAUUAUAUCGAAUUGUCGAAAAUGCAAGAAAAUAGGAUUCAGGAACUUGAGAAAGAAAUUCGUAACUAUAAGAGAGAGAGAUCAUUAUGGCUACGAGACACCAAGAAAGAAGAUGUGCUGGAACCGUUGCUAGAAGAAGAAGAAGAAGAAGAAGAAGAAUGUUAAUCUGUGGCGACAUUCCAAUAUUAGACUCUAUUCACCAAAACCCAUGAUUACUUCGAAGUCUCAAGCAACACAGCAAUACGUAGCUUACGAAUGAGACAAGGAUAUACAUAUCUUAUUCUGUAUACAUCUCUACAACUACGCUUAUAU